AUAAAAUUACCCAAGAAAACAGCCAGACGAUAUCCUGCAUAUGAGCUCUAUCUCUAUGGGGAAGGGAACUAUGCCGAAGAAAACAAAAAUCUCCUAUUGACAGGAAUUCCAGUUCUCUUUCUGCCUGGGAAUGCUGGCAGUUACAAACAAGUACGUUCUCUUGGUUCCAUUGCACUUAGAAAAGCAGAAGAUGUUGACUUCAAGUAUCAUUUUAAUUUCUUCAGUGUCAACUUUAAUGAGGAGUUGGUUGCAUUGUAUGGCGGUAGCCUGCAACGACAGACCAAAUUUGUGCAUGAAUGCAUAAAAGUAAUUCUUAAGUUAUACAGGAAUCGAGAGUUUGCACCAACCAGUGUUGCAAUAGUAGGUCAUUCCAUGGGUGGUCUUGUUGCAAGAGCAUUGCUUACUCUGAAGAAUUUUAAGCCUGAACUUAUAAACCUCCUUGUUACACAAGCCACACCUCAUGUUGCACCUGUAAUGCCUUUAGACAGAUAUCUUACUGAUUUUUAUACAGCUGUAAACAAUCAUUGGAUUCUAAAGGCCCAAGAUUUAAGAAAUUUAACUACCCUUUCUGUGGCGGGAGGAUUCAGAGAUUACCAAGUUCGUUCAGGACUGGCUUUUCUACCAAGAUUGAGUCAACAUGACAGUGCCUUAUCUGUUGUGAGCUCAGCUGUGCCUAGAGUUUGGGCUUCAACAGACCAUCUCUCCAUAGUGUGGUGCAAAGAAUUGAUCCUGGCUACCAUAAGAGCUUUUUUUGAUCUCAUAGAUGAAAACACAAGACAGAUAACUGCGGAUCCAAAGAAGAGAAUGUCUGUAUUGAACCACCACUUUGUGAGACACCCUGCAAAGAUAUUUGAGGAAAAUCCUGAAGCUUUUGCAGGACUCACAGGAGCUUUCAUAUGGAUUACAGUCAAAGCCUCAAAAUGGACUUACUCAGUUUACAAUGAUUCUGAUGGAAAAUAUGUCACAUUUCCUCUUGCAAGCCACAGAAAAUCAUACAGUCAUGUUUACUGUGAAAAUAGUAUGUUGGACACAAAUAGCUGGAUUUAUGGCUGUAUGAACAGUAAUUCAUCAAUGUGCCUGGAAGCAACUGAUUUAUCUUGGAGAGCUGAGUUACUUCCAACCACCAAGGUUGUAAUACUGAAACUUCAGGACUAUCCUUCUUUGUCGCACAUUGUCAUUCAGGUACCACCUACAGUUGGCAAUAAGUAUACUUUGGACUGUGAAUUCUUCAAAGAGGAUUCCAGAAGAGUACAACUUCCUGUAACACAUCUUUUUUCAUUUGGGCUUUCUUCAAGCAAAAUUACAUUAAAUUCAACUGGCUUGCUUUAUAAUAUACAACUCCAGCACUUUAACCAAAUAUAUCAAGCUUUCAAAAUUUAUAUAGAGAGUCACUGCCAGUCACUCAAAGAAAGAAAACCUAGUGUUUACAGGCUUCACAUACCCUGGUCACAUGAAGACUCAGUAAUUGUAGCAAAAGUUCCGUCUUUGACUGAGAUUUCUGCAAAACUGCAUAUUGCUCAGCCUCAAAAUGACAGUAGAGUUCCAGAGUUAAAUAUUUACUCUUCCUCAGACUGUCAGUAUGAAGUAAUUCUGAAGACAUCCCUUUUACAGAUUCUUGGGCAAGUAAUAAGGUUCCAUGCUGGUGCUCUUCCUGUCUACGUUGUUUCUAAUAUUCUUCUUACUUAUGGAGGACAACUGAGCACAUUGAUAUCAGCAGGCCAGUGUUCAGACUUUUCCCUUGAACUAGUUAGGACAGCUAAACCCUACAAAGUAGAGCCUCUUUUAAGCAUUGUUGUGUUUCUGCAGGGGUUUAACUGGUUUAGAGAGAUAUGGGAGUCACUGUCACUACCAGAGGUGGAUGCUGCUGUACUGAGGAGUCAGGAUGCAUGGUUCCCCCUUGUGUCCCUGAUUCUGUUUCUUUUGGGGACAGGCAUUGCCUACUGGAAUGGAGUAUUUUUCUCUACAUCUCUGAGACUCUUCUCUUCAUUAUGGUUAACUCUAUUUAGACCUACUGUACUUCGAAAAGAUAACAAGUUGAUUACACUCAGGAGAUUCUGUAUGAUGUUAUCCCUUGCUUUGGUUAGCUGGACCACUUGUGGUGCAUUCGCUGUAUUCCUUAUUUAUCUUCAAUACUUGUUUAAGGUUAUAAAAAUACAUGUGAAUGUAAGAGCAGAAGAAAACAUGUUUAAUGGGGAUUCAGACUGCUCAAAAGAAACUUCACAGAACUCCAGUACAUUCACAGUCAAAAACCAGAGUUCGAUGGACAGUACCUCAAAAGCAACACAAUCUCUUUGCAACAGUACAAUUGCUGAAGGCAUUAGCAGUCUUAAGAUGCAUGUUACAAUUCUCAAUUUAUUCACAUGGAUUGUGCUGCUCAACUUGCCAUCUUUAAUUUAUUGGUUAAAAAAUCUCAGGUACAAUGUUAGACUUGAUCCUGAUCCAUGUAGGUCUACUGCUAUUAUCCUUGUAUGCAUUUUAGAAAUUCUCAUGAAUUCAAGUACUUCUGAAGUAAAAUCAAGUAAACUCUUGAAGAUCGCAGCCAAAGUUCCACUCCCUUUGUCUGUUGCAAUGUUGGCCUUUGGACGAAUGCAUUUAUACAAAGUACCGCACUUUGUAACCUUCUCUCUUCUUCUACAUGUGCUGUGUUGUAUUGUGUAACGUUUGUUAUACGUAGGAAGAACAGUGCAGCCUAGAAACUUAACACUGGAGAUGGGGAAAUCUUCAACAAAGAAAUGCCUAGAUUUAUAUAAUCAGUAGUUUACGUUAUGUGGGAAAGAGGACAGAACUGUGAAUACUUUAUGAAAAGUUUGUGGUUCUGUUCAUGUUGCUUAGAAAGCUUUUCAUAGUGUUUUAUUUCCUGACUCUGAAAAUUGUGUGUAAAAUUAACUAUGUGUGUGGGUAAGCACAUAAAUCAUAUUAGUGUAACAUCUCAAUGCUCUGUUUGCCUUGUAAACACUUUGAUAUCUCACUGUACUUCUUUGUUGAAACAGACUUUUUUACUCUCUAUGCCAUACAGUGCGUAUGUUCUCAACUUGCAUCUCUUGCAGGUCUAAAUUAUGCUGGCUAAAACCCAAUACAUUUCAAGCACACUGUGAUGACCACAAAAACUACACAGCCAAGUAUAUUCUUAAUCAUUUUAUGCUACGUUUAAAAGCUGCCACAGUUGUGUCCUAGACAAACUAGAAUGUACUGCUUAUAUAAAACUGUUAUUUCUAUCAAAUAAUUUUUUCAAUCAGUGUGAGUUGAACAUUUGUGAUAUUAUUGAAAGUCUUACACAUUUUACUUUUUGUGAGAGUGAGAGAACAACGAUAUUCUGUGUAGCUUUCUAUUCAGGAAGGAUACCAGCAGAUUCAUAAACAAUUUGCUGUAAUGUUGUUUUAAAACAUUGUCAGUUUUCUCUGGAAUUUUGUCAAUUCUGAGAUUACUCCUUGGACCUUGUCCGUAUGUAGAAGCUAGCAAAUGUUGAGGUAUGGUGUGAGUUUACAGUGCAGUUGCUGUACUGCACUUUUUCCAAGUAGACAAGGCAGGGUUUUUUGCUAUUGUAAACGGAGAAUCAGCCAUCUCAUAAUAAAUAUCCAUACAUGAAAUUUAAGUGAACCAGUUAUAAUGCUAAAUUCACAUCCUGCCAUACAGUGCUAACUUCCUCUCACGUGGACUAACUCUUAGUGAUAGUGGGAAAUGCUGACCAUAAUUAUUAGCUCUGUAUAAAGCAUUAUCUUAGUGCCUAGAUGCUACAGUGACUGCCAUUUAUAAUAAAGCCUAAAAUAGCUAUGUGUGAGGAAUUCUGUCCCCUGGGUAUGUGUUUUGCCAACAGAAGAAAUCUCAGUAGCCAUUAGGUUAAAAUGAUAUAUUGAUUCUGUGUAGAGAUGAGCCUACUACUUGCUUCUGUGUUAGCUGUCUGUGCUCUGUCCAAGAUACCUGUUAUCUUCUUAUGGAAAUACUAGACCAGCUCAAUCAUCCUAUACAAAUAAGAGGAAACCUGCUACCUACAGUCAAUCAAGUAUAUUUUUGAUAUAGUAGUACAGGCAGCAUGACCCAUUAAUUUAACUAUAUCUCAUUAAUCUUGCCUGAAGUGCCUCAGUUAGUUCUAGUGUGUUGUUAGGGUCAAUUCAUAUGCAUGGAUUGGAAAAUUCACACAGUGACUUUCCAAAAUGAAGGACAAAUAUGAAGUAGGCAUCUCUUUUAUCCACUUAUAUACAAGUCGGCAGUUCAAGCUAUCAGUCAUUAAAAUUGCUUUAACAGAGUAAGAUUAUUGCAGUUAACCAAACCACUGUCACUGUUAUUGGUAAUAUAUGUACUGGUAUUCUAGUCUUAACCUUUUUUAAAAAAGGUUAGGCUAUACAUAGUUUUUGUAAAUCGGAAAAGUUUUUUAAUAGAUUAUAUCUUGAUACUUUCUAACCAAAUGUAUGCUACGGUAUAUGUAUAUAAGGUAAUUUGUGUGUCUAAAUAUACUUGUAGCUAAAUCCACCAGUUGGUUUAGCAAAAAAAUUGCUGUUCAGUCAUAGAAGAAUAGAGUAGUUUUUCUGCUUUCAAAUGGCUGUGAAUGAAAGAACUGCACUGGGGCUGGUAAUAGGCUGUCUGUGAAAUGUGCAGGAUCUGAUUUCUGUGGAAGAUGAUUUUCCUUGGCCUUCAUGGUCCUUAUGGCUUACUGCUGUAUUUUCCUUCUGAUUUUGUUUUGCCAUCUUAAUGGGCUCUUUAUGCACAAAUCAAUUUGUUGGAGCUGUUGGUGGAAUAAAAUAAUAAUCAGAAUAAGGAGAGCAGUCUCUGCAUAUAGGAGCUUUGAUAGCUUCCCAAAUCUGCCACAAUGUGAAACUUAUUAAUUACAGUAGCUAACACCAUUUUUUUUCUCAUUUAAUUAUAUAUUUAAAGCUGGGAAUUGUGUUGAUACUUAUCACUCUUCAUGAAAUGAGUUCCAGAAUUUUGCAUAGAUUCCUACCUGAUUUUUAAGUUGGGGGUACAAAUAGAUACAGUCCUGAGAUCUCAGAUGACAGAAUUUAUCGCAUCUCCUUCAAUACUCCAUUUUUUCAGUGAUGAUUUACUUUCACUGGGGGAAGGAAGGUUGGUCUUACUGCUACUUUGGAUUUACAUGCAUUCUGUGUCAUUUGCUAGAUGAAAACUGUUCUCGGAGAUGUGCAUCUGGCUUUUGCAGUGGUUAUGGACUGUGUUAAUUUCAGCUGUUUGAUUAGGUGUCUAAUCUCAACUAGAUUUUCUGUAUAAUCAGUGGAGGGGGAUACAAUUAGAACAAUUCAUCCCAUUUUAAGAGAGGAUAAAUGAUCCUACUUGCCAUUCUGAAAAGGACAAGAUUUUAUAACAGUCUAAAAUUGUUUUUCAGGUAAAAUACUGUGAUUGUUUGUUGUUGUUUUGGAGAAGAGGCUUCUAUUAUGCUGAUUUCUAGUUCUGCCACUGUUCACAAAUAUAAUCUCAGCAGAAGUGUAGGCUAAUCCACUAUAAAGACUUUUAAUUGUGUGUAUGAGGAAGUGUAAAUAUUACUGAAAUAUCCUUUAUUAUGAAUUAGGCUGCAUUUAUAAAACAGCUUUUGGUAAAUAUAUUGUAAUGUCUCUUAGUAUUUUAAAUUAAAUUAAAAUUCCAGAUUAUUCUUCAAAUUUUAGUUUAUCUAGACUGUGUGGGAGAAGAUCAAGAUGCAAAUUAACUUGCAAUGGAUUAAACCUCUGCUCUAUAAGGGAGGAUUUCUGUUAACAUGCAGACCCAAAUUCUUUCCUUUUUCAGAAGCUGAAGUAUUAAUUUUGCAAACCACUGUUCAUCAUCCAUGUGGAUGUUCUCCACAUUUAGAUGGAGAUUAUGCCACAUAAGCAUUUAGGUUGAGAUUAAGCCACCAGUUUUUUUUGGCUCGUACCUCAGGAUACAUUCAAAAUAAGGACUAUUUGUGUGGCUCUUUUCUAGUAUUUUUAUAAGCUAUCAGAAACAGAAUUAAAAAACAGGGUAAGAACCUAGAAUACCAAAUGUCACUAAUUUUAGGGACAGCAUAUAUGUACAGCAGAAUCUUUCUUUGGCAGAGGGAGGGAGAGCUUUAAUGAGAAGCUUUUGUUGACAUCUCCAUAUUCUGAAUUGCUCUUUAAGUCUAUAAUCUUUUCUAGUUGAUAUGAUCAAAUAUAUUCCUCAUAGUCUUACCAUGCUGCAGUCACAGCAGCUACACCUGUAGCGAACAGUUCAUGAAAGGUCUAUAUUUGUCUGGGAAGGAGAAGCUGUUACCUCUUCACUGGAAUUACCAGAUGUACCUGGAAACUGAAUGAAUGAAUGAAUGUUGUCUGAAGGUGGUGUUUUCAGUUUUGAUUUAAGAGUUGGUUACGGUAUGUCAUGUUUCAGCAUCCUGUUAAAAGGGGGAUUGGUUUUUUUUUUGGUUUUGGUUGGGGUUGUUUGUUUUGUUCCAAAAAACAUUUUAAAGUAACUGGACUUUAAUAUUACUAAUGUUUAGAUUUCUGCUCUGAUUUUGGUUUGGAGUGAGCUGAUACAUGUAGCAAUUCAUUCAAAAAUAUUUAUUUGCCAAGUUUUAAAACUCAUAAAUGAAUAACACAACAAACUCCUAAACAGUGUAAUAUUAAUAUAUUGUAGAAGACAGAGAGUGGCUGUAUGUCUAAGUGAAUGUUUCAUCUGUAACCUGAUUGGGCUACCUUUAAAGUCAGUGUUUAAAAAGAUAAAAUAAAAUGUAUUGAUACUUAAAAAAACCCCAAAAGCAUUGUUGCAUAUGAAGUCUAGUUUUCUGUGUGUUUGCCAGUAACAAGAUUACAAACUUGUUACUUUGUUCCAAAAUCUGAUACAUGUGCUUCUAAGCUUUGACAGGACAGAAUAAAGUUGAUCACGUGCCUGUGCAAACAUUUGAGAAGAUUUCAUUUGAUCAAGUUUAUUUCAGUACAGCGAUGAGUGUGUUUAGACUUUUGUCUUAUUUAUACUGAGAAAAAGCCCAGACAUUUACAGACCUUCAACACUCUUUGAGUUGCUGAAUAUGUUUUUGGAAGCAGUUAUAGUGUCUGUAUAAUAAUUGUGCUGCUGUUUUAAGUCACUGAAGUACUAGAAAAUUGUUAGCUGUAAAACAGACUAAAUUAUUUAUGCUUAUAUUCCAUUUCAUGAGGAACGUUAGUCACUUAGCUUACAGCUUUGACUCUUUACAUCUCUUUUUUUCUGGGACAUAAUCAAGCUAGCAUUCAUAAGCACUUAGCACUGUACUGUAAAAGGUUUAAAAACUUUCAGCAUUGUUCCUUUAGAGGAGACGUGCUUUUGUCACCAAAGCUACGUGCCUUGGAUGCCUCUGGAAAUGUGUGCCAAUGAAUGACAAUUGAAAACAGAUUCAUUUUUAUGUUAAAGUAAAAUCAUGUUUCUGUCUCUUUUUUUUUUUUGAGCCAGAACCUUAAGCUAGUAUUCCUAACAGAAUCCUUAAAAUCUCUAAAAGUUUAUUAGAAAGCCUUUUACAAAUAUUGUUUUUUUCCGAUGAAUAUUCUUAUUUAUGGAAGAAGGUAUUCAAAGCUUUUUAAUCAGCUUAUCUUAAAGCUUAAAUAAAAUCUAUAAAUUUCAUCUUGUUAAUAAACAUUACUGCUUUUAAAAAUAAAUUUCAAGCAUUCAAGGAGAAAAUUCUAUAGCUCUUAACCAAACCUGCCCAGCACUUCAAUUUUUCAGGUAUCUAAGCAUGUAACUGCUUCAAAUAUGUGCUUAUUGUCUUGUAGCAUGAAAACCUGAGUCAAAGCUGUGAUGUUUUGACAUUAAAUUUGCUUAAGAUUUAGGAUCUCAUUCUGCAUUCUUAAAUGCAGGUAGAUUUUGCUAUUCAUGCUGUCAUAAACAAAUCUUGUAAACAUGGCCUCUCUACAAUUAUUGUCAUGUUGUGAUCUAGAUUCUGUAGGAAUCUGUGUGAUGUCAGAGCUAAUUUUGUGUCUAUAAAAGUUGGGAAUGGAACACACAAACUUGUUAUUUUGCAGCACAUUGUUCCAGUUCCUCCUUCCAUAUGCUGUUAUUCUUACUUUGCAGUGUCCUUCCACUGUACUACAAUAUGUAGUGUUCACAGUACUAGUAGGCACUGGGACUGACCUAGUGAAGAUACACAGCAGCUGUCCUGUAGACUUGUUCUAUGGAAGUUUUGCAUAAUUGUUGAAAUACCAGCAAACACUUUUUUUUUUCCCUCCAACUCAAAUAAUUUCAGGAUAUAUAUAUAUUAGUAUCAAAUGUGCAAGUGUGUUCAUGUUUAUUUUUAUAAAAAGCUAAGUGCACUAUUUUGGGAUCAAUUCAGGCUUUAGUAUUUUCCACUUGAGUGUGAAAACAGUAUUUGAGACUGCAGCACCUGACAACUGAACAUUUUACAGAAGUCUGCAAGUAGUAAUGUGACACACGUAAUUAGAGUGCCAGACCAAAAUUCAAAUGUGAAAUUCCUCACUGUGACUUAAAACUUGUAGCUUUCUAGAGCAAAAAAAGUUACUGUGCCUUAAACCAGUAAAUGAAUACACUCUAACUGUAGCCUGUGGACUUCUGUAGCCUUAUAUUUGAUUUUUGAAGUUGACCAAAAUAUUUGUGUGGAUCAUACUGAAACUUGAUUUAGGGAAAAUACUUUAAAAAAAUUAUUUCAACUCCCUUUUACUACACUUACAGAAAUGAAGAUUUAUGACAGUUACAGUGUAUUUGUGGUUUGGAAUCACACCCAACAAAGUCAGAAAGCUUUAGCUGACUUUAAUUUCUCGAGACUUUCUAUUGUGACAAUAAGCAGAAUAAGGAAGAAAAACUAGUCUCAGAUCUGUGUCUCAACUUUGAAGUUCUAUGUGUCAAAUUAUUUUAAAAAAUUUUGUUCUUUAGUUUCUCCAAAAUAAAGAAAUCCUCUAGUUUAAACAAAAUAUUGAAUUUAUGCCAUUGAGUAUCAAUAUCUAUGCCAGUGUGAGAAUAAAACUAGAUGGUGGGGUUGGUUGGUUGUGUUAAAGCUUUGAAUAAAGUUUUGAAUAAUGAAUUUCACUUUUUAGGAAAAAUCUUCAUAUGUAAAACCCUGAAAGGUCUUUUGGGAAA